AGUGUGUGUGUAGUUGUUAAUGGUUUUUACUGAUGCGAGAGCUUUAAGCUUAAAAUGUGAAUAAAGGUCUAUGCUGGGAGCAGGGAGAGGGAGGAAAACUUGUUUUUGUUUUGAAGAUGAACGAAGCAAAACAUUAAAGCACAUCACGAAAUAAAUGUCAAACACAUAGGAGGUGGGGCAAAACAAUAUUUAUAAAUAAAACAUAAAACCAAACCAGCCGAACCGAAUGUCAGUGAAAGUUCAAAAACACAAAAAUUUAGUGGACAAAGUUGAACGUUGAAAGAGUCGUAUGAAAAAAUACUCUAUCAUUUGUAUAUAUAUUUUAUUGAGUAACGAUCGGCCAGAUAAAAGUCCAUACAUACGUAGACGAACCAAAAAGCAAAAGCAGCCGCAACAUUAACGAAAGCACCAAUCAUCUAACUGCCUUGUCACAAUCUCCUAAGAUUUGGAUACCGCUGUGCGGGGUUAUAUCACGGACAAAAAGAACUGAAAUAUACAAAAAGUGUACUUAAAAAGAAACCAAUAUAAAAGACUGGCCGCAGUGAGGCUGAACAAAACUGACCCAUCGACACGACCACAAUUAUCAAACUUUUCAAUUCUGUGAUAAGGAACGAAAAAAUCCUCUAAUAUGGACAAAACAACAUCUUUCCUCAGCGAAAAGUAUCAAAACUUAUGCAAUCUCAUGGAACGCGAAACACUUGGCACCGAGGUCCUGAUCUACGGCACAUCAAGUCUAAUGUUAUUGGUAGCUUAUGCCAAGCGCAAACCGGCAUACCUAGUGCGUCCCUUCAAAAAGCCUUCCCACAUCCCGGAUCGCUUAAUCAACGAACGUGUCAUGCAUACUGGACGCAUAGCAGACAUUCAACAAAAAGGCAGCGACACUCUACUAUACAUCAGCCAUCGUCCACUUAUUCCAUUCUUUAUGAGCAACAAACGUUUGCUACCAAUUAAAUUGCCUGGUGUGAAGGUAAAUGGAAACGGUUUUGCCUGGUUGCAGCAAUGUCUAAUUGGAAAAGAGGCCACGUUUGUACCACUGAACAAAAAGGCCUCGGAUGAAUAUGUUGUCUCACAAUUGUGUUUAGUGCAUCCGCCCAAGGGUAAUCGUCUGCUUGACAUUUCAGAGACUCUAUUAAAGCUACGUUUUGCACGCUAUGACCAAGAUGCUAAUGGGAGCAUAAAGAACAAUGCCAAGUACUAUCAGCAUUUGUCAAAAGUUGAAGCAUCUACACAUAGUCGUGAAGCUUUAUUGCUCAAGGUUGCCAGCGUCCCAUGGUUAUGGAAAAAGUUCUAUGAGAUGAAGUCUUCGUUGUUGCCCAAGGAGAAGUUAUUGCCCGAAUUAGUUCGUUAGAGAAACUAAGUAGAAACAGCAAUGCAUUAUAUGUAGCUUCUAAUUUAUAAGAUUUCAGAUUUAAAUUCGAUAAAUGGCA